UUGGCCCAGAAAGGUUUGUAGUAGGUGAAUGAUUUAGAACGCCAUGUCAGAUCGAGACCGGGAUUUCUCGCAAUUUGACAGUGUCUCGGAAUUCCAUCGGGAAAUUCCAGCCGGUUCCAACGAUCACAAAUUGAAUUUGAUACAUGCCAAGGAGGAGAAGGACGACACAGAAGUCAAAGACCCCUUAUUAAAAGGUUGCCCCGCCAAGAGGAAACGAGAGGAGGACAGUUCAGCGGAGGAGCUUGGCAUCGGCAAACGCCGACAUAGAACGACAUUCACGCAGGCUCAACUUGACGCUUUGGAAGAAGCGUUCAACCACUCUCAAUAUCCGGACGUAUUUACAAGAGAGCAGCUUGCAAAGGGAAUCAAUUUGAACGAAGCUCGAGUACAGGUUUGGUUUCAAAAUCGACGAGCAAAACAUCGUAAACAGGAACGUCAACACCCUCGAACAUCGUUCCCUUACCACUCAGGCAUUUAUUAUCCACCCGAAAGACUCUAUUCUCCGGCUUCUCAUCUUUAUUUCCCAGUCUCUCCUAUGGCCUGCCCAGUCAGUUCUUUACCAGGCUCUAAGAAUAUCCUCGAGAGUCGAAGCCCUUCCUCGCGCCCAGUCCACUCCCCCUGCCGGUCGUGUCCGCCUGGGAGCCUUUGUUGUGGGGCAGGUCUGGCGCCUACUAGUACUCCACCUUGGAGUCCAGGUUUUGCACGGCCACUCUCGCCAUCUAAGAGCCCUCUUUACGAGAAGGAAGGCCCGACGUCACUCAAUAUGACGCGGAAUGAUUGGUCAUCUAAAAGCCUGGCGCUAUUGAGAAUGCGUGCUCAGAGUUACAGUCACGUCUUUGGUCCAUCAUGUCUCUCCUGAAAACGGAAGCAGCUAUUUUGCACUCAAAUAUUUCGCGCGCCAAAGGCUUGUUGUUAAGCCAAGAACCUCGGCCUAGGAUGGAAAUUCAUCGUGAGGCAAUGAAAUCGUAAUUACAUGACACUCAGCAGCAGGGAGAACUGAUUUGCACAGAAUACCUGGAAAAGGCUUGUUUUCAAAACAUAGAAUUUAACAGUUGGGAAGGAUGGCUUAAUGAAUUUUCGUGUAACGUUAGCUAUGGACGGGGUUUGUCACCUUUUUUUUUCGAUUUGUUUUAUUUUGUUUUAUUUGUUUUGUUUUUACUCAGUUAGAGGUUUGUAAAGAGAUAUUUUUUACUGUGAGUUCUUUAGAGAACAAGCUGUAUUAGUCGCCUUACGGCAAAGGACGAUUAAGAAAUUUACAAAGUUUUAAAACACUGGUGCUGCGCUUUUGUUCUGCCCGGCAUUGUAUCUCUUUUUUUGCCAUGUCCUCAUUGGCGUCAUCGUCGGGAUUUGCUUAAGGUCCCUAAGCAAAAUUGGGUUUGUUUUCCAUUUUUUUCUUGUUUUUUUCUUUGUUUCUUUGUUUGUUGUUGUUUUUUUUUAUGAUUAACGGAUAACUCUUCAAAAUGAAGAUGAAUUAGGUUUUCAAUAGCAUCCUUGUCUAGCUUACUUAUUUUUUAGGGAUAUUUAGUGUCGCGUAACGAGACUGAAAAAACUCCUUUCAAAAAGAGAUCAAUAGAGAACUUUAAUAUGAAAAAAAUAUAUCAAAAACGUUGGUGAUCUUCUUUCGACAUGUACAAAAUUUUGAAUGAAUUUUGUACAAUAUUCGCUUAAUAAAGAGG